AUGGCGGCCGCUGCCUUCCGCACUGGCGACAUGGUCAAGAUCCUUUCGGGAGACGACAAGGGCGCCGUCAUCUCGCUCGACCGGAAAACGAACAAGGUUGUCGUCGAGGGAGUCAAUGUGCGCACCAAGCACGUCAAGCCGAUGAAGGAGGGCGAGCAGGGCCGGCUGCUCAAGCGCGAGGUCGCCGUGCACCUUUCCAACGUCGCGCCGUCCGAUGAGCCCGCGCCGGCGGAGGCUGCAGCGCCGGCCGCCGAGUAG